AUGGAGCACAAAGAGGGUGCAGACUUGAAGAGGGCUGUGAAGAUCACAGCUAAUGAGGGGUCCCUUGGCUGGUGGCCCCCAAGCACCACUCUUGCCUUCGUCCCACCGGGGCCCCAGCUUGACUCCGGGUCAAAAGUGCCGGCGACUGGGCUGUCAGGUCGCAGCUGGGGAGGGGGCGCCGAGGUCAGGCCCGACCCCUGGGUCUCCUCGCACUCUGCGGGAUGCGCGGAGGAGACGCAGGCCGCGCAAGGCCACGGGCUGCUGAGGCUCGGGCCUCUGCGCGGGAGGGGCUCGGCGACCCGAGAAACAGCGCGAGUGCCGGUACUUCAGCAGCUACCCCGCAGCCUCCCGCAAGCCCUGGCCUCGGAGCUGCCCCGCAGCCCUAGCCGCGGCUGCGUCCCGGCCCCCGGGCGCGCUGCGGCCGGUCGAUCCGCCGGUCUGGGCUGCUCGGCCUCCACCGCGGAUCCCGGGUCGGGCCGCCGCCGCCUGCCGGCCGGUGCCCACGGCAAUGCCCCGCCCCGCGCGGCCCGGCCCGGCCGUGACAGCUGGGUGCCCAAAGGGUUAAGCCGGCAGAGCGGCGGCCCAAGUGCCCCGCGCGCUGCCAGUCCGCCGCGAGCCGGCCCCAGCGCGCACGCGCCCGCCCGUUACCUGCGGUCGCGUUCGCGCUCCUCCUCCACCUGGCCGCUCUCUCCCGGGGGCCGCCCCUCAGCCCGCCCCCUCGGCUCGGCGCCGCGCACCCUGCUGGCUACUCGGCCAAGGUUCUGGUAACUUCUCCCAGUCCUUAUCCCUUCAGUUCCUGUGACCGCAGGCUGGACAGCUUCCAACUGCCUGGUGACUGAAGGGUCCCGGCUGCCUCUGGUCUCCCUCUUCUUCCUGAUCUGCCCUUUGGACUCCAGCCUGCCCCUCCUUGUGGCAUGCUCCUCAGUGACCAACCUGACACAGACCCUGGAGGCUGUGCCCCAGAGUGAGGAGGGCCUCUGUCUCUCUGGUUCCACUUCCGUUCUGUGCCUGGACGCCUUCUCCCACUUCCCUGGGCUCAAGGUCCUGGGGCUGAGUCUGCAUCUCACCCAGCUCCUGCCAGGAGCUCUUGGCAGGUUGGGACAGCUGCGGCAGCUCUUCUUCACAGGCCCCUACACAGUUUACCUCUUCCUACCCCUGAUGGCACCUAAGCUCCCUCCAGGCCUCGCUUUCUUGGGCCCCUGCCUGGAUGGGAACACGGGUGUGCGGUUUUCUCCCAGCCUACGGUGGGUCAGUGUCAAGUAUAGUUGCCUUCAGAAUGUGGGGGAGCUGGCGGACAUCUUCCCAGACCCGGUGCAUGGCCCCUCCUUUGGCGAUGCCUGGUUUCUGGAUUUGGACCUGUCAUUCAACAAUCAGCUGAAGAUGGCCAGUCCCGGGGCCCUCCAGGGGCUCAAGCUGGGGACUCUGUGUCCGGACCACACAAAGAUGAAGGCAGCUGCAGUGGUGGGACUGGGGCUGCAGAGCCUGGACACCCUGUCUGUGAUCAAUGCCGACACGGCCAAACUGCCUGCUGGGGCAGUUGCACACUUUGAGCUGCAGGAGCUGAAUUUGGCAUCCACUCUUGUAGGGCACAUAGCUCUGGAGGCCCUGGCUUCCUGCCACAGCCUGAAGAGCUUGGGUCUUAAGAGCAGUGGCCUGAUGACUAACCUCCCACCAGGUUUCCUGGCGGCCAUGCCCAGCCUUCAGAAACCGAACUUGAGUAGGAACCAAUUGCGUGCCAUGCUGGGCACAAACGAGACAGGGGCUGUGUCAAGACUGCGGGCCCUGGAUCUGUCCAACAAUGGGCUGCACACCCUGUCCCCAGUCACCUUCUCAUUGCCCCAGCUGCGGGAACUGCUACUUCAGGGAAACCAGCUGAUUUGUCUGCAGGGCCAGGCAUUCCAGGGCUUAAGGAGGCUGGGGAAGUUGGACUUGGCCAAGAAUCCACUGGUAGACCUGGGCAAGGGCUGGUUGGCUCCGCUGCCUGCAGUAACCGCCCUAAGCCUGCUGGAUACCCGCAUGGUGCUGAGCUCAGCCUUGGGCUUCCAGGGUCUGCAUACCUUGAACCUGCAGCUCCCCUCUGGCCCUUCCGGGGUAGUGUUAUCCCUGCCCAUGAGCUUGACCAGCUUGGAGCUUCAUGCGGUCUCAGGCAGGAAGCCUGGGAUGCUGGCUUCUAAUGUCUUUCCAGUCUUGCAGACCUUGAGUCUAAAAGGCUGGGGAUUGCAGCUGGGGACCUGGAAUGUCACCAAGAUCUUCCCUGCCCUUUGCCAACUCUCCCUGUUUGGUGAUAGCUUGCAGGCCCUCUGCUCCCAGGACACCUCCAACCUUUUCCUCUGGCAGCUCUCCAGGCUCUGGUAUCAGAGGGUAAGGGCGGACGGGCACAGCCCCAAGCCCUGCUGCAUCACGGGGCUGCCCAGCCUAUGGGAGCGGAAGCCGCAGGCACUGCAGUCCCACGCCCGGCCCUGCUCAGUGCUGCUUGAGGAGCUGGUGGGUGAGCUGCCCAGGGAGGUGCUGCAUCUGGUCAAAGUGGGGUUAGAGACACUGUCUGCUGCUGCUCUCCAGGGCUUGGGAAGUCUCCAGGUCUUAGUGCUAGACGGGGAGACAGGCCUCAUGCUAGAUGGCAGCCUGCAGGAGCAAAGUCCCCAGAUGCCCCAAUACAGUAAGUCCCAUACAUACAAACAAGUUCUGUCCCGAGAGCGUGUUUGUAAGUCCAAUUUGUUCCUGCUUCUGCUGAUCUCCUUGCCCAUCCUAUAGGAAGCCAGGAACUCCUGGAUCCUCCAUCUCCAGGCCUUGUUCAGGGCUUGGCUUCAGGGUCUGAGGAGUCAGAGGGGUGAGGGCAGGAGGUUCCUUUAUGAUGUGUUUGUGUCCCACUGAAGGCAAGACCAGAGCUGGGUGACUGGGGAGCUGCUGCCUACUCUGGAGGGCCGCCCUCCGAUGGGCCGGGGGCUGCACUUCUGUCUCCUUGAGUGGGAUUUUGAGCCAGGCAAGGACGUGGAUGACAAGGUGGGAGAUGGCAUGGCAGGGAGCUGGGUCACGCUCUGUGUGCUGAGUCGCCAGGCCCUGCACAUCCCACGCUGCUGCCUGGACCUCUGCCUGGCUGCCUUCCUCCUGCUGGCUGCCCCCCACCCCCCAGGGCUGCUGCUGGUCUUCCUGGAGCUGGUCUCCCACCACCAGCUCCCUUGUUGCUCUAGGCUGUCCUGGCUGCUCUGCAGAGGAGACUACUGCAUGCGGCCCAAGGAAGAUGAAAGAAAGGACGAGUUCUGGGCUUGGCUGGGGAGUAGGUUGGGGCAGCCUGGGUUGGCCUAG